AUGUCAUCACGUAAUAAAAUUUCGGAUCGUGAAAAAAAUGAAAGAAUACGUCAACUACGUGAAGUUAUGGGUGUCACAGAACAACAAGCACGACAAGCACUACAGUCAAAUGAUUGGGUCGUUGAACGUGCUGUUGCUGCUCUUUGUGAAGAAACAUCUUCUUAUUCAUCAACGGGUAAUAGUUCACAUCAUUCAUCUUAUCAUUCUCAAACAUCAUCAUCAUCAUCAACAAAAUUUGAUCGUAAAAAAAUUGAACAAUUAUGGACAAUAUAUGCUGAUCCACGUGAUACAAAUAAAAUGAAUUUAGAUCAAUUAUUACGUUUUAUUAAUGAUUUACAAUUUGAUCCAAGUGAUCGAGAAACUCUUAUACUUUGUUGGAAAAUGAAUGCAUCUAAACAAGGAGAAUUACAACGUAAUGAAUUUAUACAAGGUUGUCAAGAUUUACAAUGUGAUACAAUAGAUAAAUUACGUGAAAAAAUUAAACAACUUAAUAAAGAAAUUGAUACUGAUAAUGAAAAAUUUAAACAAUUAUAUACUUAUACAUUUAAUUUUGCACGUUCAGCAACAUCAAUGAAAAAUCUUGAUGUACAACCAGCUAUGGCAUAUUGGAAAAUGUUAUUUAAUGGAAAUCCUACUAAUAAGCAAUGUCAAAGAUUUAAAUUACUUGAAAUAUGGAUUAAAUUUCUUGAAGAACGUUCUAAUCAACGAUCAAUUACUAAAGAUACAUGGGAUUUAUUACUUGAUUUUUCAACAACAAUAAAAUCUGAUUUUUCAAAUUAUGAUCAUGAUGGUGCUUGGCCAACAUUAAUUGAUGAUUUUGUUGAAUAUGUUAAAACAUCACAAAAUCAAUCAUCAUCUUCUGUCAAUGUUUAA